UCCCUCCUCCCUCUCCUGGGCCCUGCUCCCUGCCCUCCUGGGCAGCCAGGGCAGCAAGGACGGCACCAAGGGAGCUGCCCCAUGGACAGGGGCCCACAGAGACAGCACCGAGCCUCGCAGGAGCUGCUGGCUGCAAAGAAGACCCACACCUCACAAAUUGAAGUCAUUCCUUGCAAAAUCUGUGGGGACAAGUCAUCUGGGAUCCACUAUGGGGUUAUCACCUGUGAGGGGUGCAAGGGUUUCUUCCGCCGGAGCCAGCAGUGCCAUGUGGUCUACUCCUGCACCCGCCAGCAGAACUGCCCCAUCGACCGCACCAGCCGUAACCGAUGCCAGCACUGUCGCUUGCAGAAAUGCCUGGCACUGGGCAUGUCCCGAGAUGCUGUCAAGUUCGGCCGCAUGUCCAAGAAGCAGAGGGACAGCCUGCACGCCGAGGUGCAGAAACAGCUUCAGCGGCAGCAACAGCAGCAGCGGGGACAGGUGGCCAAGACCCCCCCAGCGGGGGGUCAGGAGGCCGACCCCCUCGCCUGCCCUAUAGGGCUCCCUGAUGGGCAGCUGCCCCAGGGCUCCUCACCUGACCUGCCUGAGGCCGCGGCCUGCCCCCCUGGCCUCCUGAGAGCCCCGGGCUCCGAGUCUUCCUACCCCAGCAGCUUGGCCAAGGCCGGGCCUGACGGGGCUUCAUACCACCUGGAAUACAGCCCUGAGCGGGGCAAGGCUGAGACUGGCAAGGGCUUCUACAGCACAGGCAGCCAGCUGAGCCCUGACAGAUGUGGACUUCGUUUUGAGGAUGCCGGGCAUCCUGGGCUUGAGGAACCAGGAAAGGGUCCGGACAGCUACUGCAGCCUCAGUUUCCACAGCGCCCCAGAGGGGCCUUAUGCCUCCCUGACAGAGACUGAGCACCUGGUGCAGAACGUUUGUAAGUCCUACCGAGAGACGUGUCAGCUGCGGCUAGAGGACCUGCUAAGGCAGCGCCCUAACAUCUUCUCCCGGGAGGAGGUGGCCGGCUACCAGACGAAGUCCAUGUGGGAGAUGUGGGAACGCUGUGCCCACCGCCUCACCGAGGCCAUUCAGUACGUGGUGGAGUUCGCUAAGAGGCUCUCAGGCUUUAUGGAGCUCUGCCAGAAUGACCAGAUUGUGCUUCUCAAAGCAGGAGCAAUGGAAGUGGUGCUGGUCAGGAUGUGCCGGGCCUACAACGCUGACAACCACACGGUCUUUUUCGAAGGCAAAUACGGUGGCAUGGAGCUGUUCCGAGCCUUGGGCUGCAGUGAGCUCAUCAGCUCCAUCUUUGACUUCUCCCGCUCCCUGAGCUCCUUGCGCUUUUCUGAGGACGAGAUCGCUCUCUACACAGCGCUAGUGCUCAUCAAUGCCAACCGGCCAGGGCUGCAAGAGAAAAGGAAAGUAGAACAGCUGCAGCACAACCUGGAGCUGGCUUUUCAUCACCAUCUCUACAAGACUCACCGCCAAGGCAUUCUGGCUAAGCUGCCACCCAAGGGGAAACUUCGGAGCCUGUGUAGCCAGCACGUGGAAAAGUUGCAGACCUUCCAGCAUCUCCACCCCAUUGUGGUCCAAGCUGCUUUUCCUCCACUCUACAAGGAACUCUUCAGCACUGAAAUUGAGUCACCUGAAGGCCUGUCCGAGUGACCUGGAGGAGGGACUCCUUUCCCUUCCCUACAGCCUACUGGCCUUCCUCCCGGAUCUCAUCCCACCUUCACAUUUUUCUUACCUGUGCCCCCGGAGGGUGGUCCCUGCCUGUUCUUGAGGGGUGUGCAGUUGCUGAGACUGGUUUUCCCCCAAAGGCUUGCCUGGCAGUGGGGCCAAGAGCCAGAGGGUGGCGAUGAAGGAACACCAUCUCCAGCCUCAGCUUUGUUGUGUCUCCUUUCCCAUGACCCUUCACCCCCAGCUUCUGAGAGGCCUCGGGUGGCACAUAAGGACCUCCAGAAGGACCAUGGUGUCCUCAGGACACUAGGCAGAUCCAGGACACCCUGGAUGAAUAGAACUCACCUCUGGGCUCAGAAGCUAAGAAUAGGACUUUAAAAUACCUCAUUGCAUUUCCCCAUGGGCUUUGGCUGGUGAAAUAUGUCAAGCUCAGAGACUGAUGGCUGAAGCCCAGGAGAACCUGUACAUAACAUGAAUCCAAAUCUUUAGAUUUUCUGUUUCCCCCUGUCUCUUAGCUCAGCAAGGAAAUGGUUGGGCACCCUGCCCUUUUCCCAGGGUCUUUAAAAACUAAAAAACAAACAACAACAACAACAACAAAAAAAAACGAGUUAUGUGGAGAAUACGGAUGGAAUGGGGGUAAGGGGCUGGGAUAAUUUCUUUAUGGCAUUUGGGUACAGGGAUAGGAUACAAUUGGAGGCCAAGAACAUCACAGAUAGUUAGAACUCAAACCACUUCUGUGCACUUUAGAAAUAGACUUCAGGCGUCAGCACAAAUCUGAGGAGAGACACACAUCCACAUACAAGAAAACACACACUCACAAACUCAAACUGCAAUUCUCUACCUCUACCUCUGUAGACACAUUCAACCUAACAUGAUUUCCUCGAGGUCACAGCUCAGAGGUAAUUAGUGGUCUCAGGGAAAGAGUCCCAAUCUUGAGGGACCCUAGAACAUUCUCAUGGUUUACCAGUCCACAAACCUUAGACCUGGGGUGGCCCAAACUCAAUCCCAGCCCCAGUUGUCAGCAUAAGAAACCCCAAAGAAGAAGAGAUGAUUGGAUACUGGUCAGUCAGAUGCCCACAGACAAACCCCUGGAAGAGUCAUCCUUCAUUGUGUGGAAAGGAAAUAGACGUCAUUUCACCCCAACUCCAGCAGGGGGGAGACCAGGGAACAGGACAGACACCUGUGUGUCUAGUUGUGAUCAUGCCACAGAACUUCUCUUGGCUUUACAAAUCACUGUGAGCCCUCCUCUGAGGGAUAAACAGCCAGUGAUGUGGGGGUGUUGUGUUCCUCUCAGGGGAGGGUUUUAGUCAGCUAAACAUAAACCCCAACUUGUGCUAUUCUUCAUAAAAUGACUUUAAAGCCCAUAGGUAUGUGUGGCAGGGACAGGGGCAGGGGUUCUUAAAUCUGAUUACAGACAAGCUGCUCUCCUGUCUCAUUCCUGUGGGGAGACCCAGGUUUCUAACGCAGCGACCCAUGAACAUCAGGAGGACUGCAGCCCCCACUCUGCACAGCCCUCCAGGGAGGCCUGAGAGCUGCUGCUGAGGAACCCCCACCGAAGGAGUCUCAAACUAAGCCCCAUGGGAGAUGUUCCGGACUGAGAACUUUCCCCACAAAAUGCUACCCCUGGGGGACAUUAAGACUGAGAGGCUGCACAGACUCUCCCUGCAUCUGGGAGACUAAAAGACAACCCUGAGGAGGGUGUUGGGCCCCAGAGCUCCCCAGGGGGGAGUCAGGAUGUCCACAAGAGACCUUUUCGAGUUGCUGGCUGCCUCUACCUCCUGACCCCUCCUGGACCCCAAAGUCUCCCUGUGCGCUCCCCACCCCUUCACCUUCCUGUAGUGGCGCUUGCUGCAGCCCUCCCUGGUUGCUUUAUUUAUUUAUUUUGCACCAACAGGGUUGCUGCAGACUCAUUCUCGCCUGGUUUAAAAAGAGAGAGAGGA